CAAUCUGGUCGAGUCGUUCGCCGCAGGCAUGGUAAGUGAGGCUGCCGAUUGCGCGAGGUCGACUUUGAUACUCUCCAAGACCAGGAAGCUGCGUGUUGCUCCGGCGAGGCGCCCCCCGGUUGAUAAGCAGGAAAAGCUCACAGACUAAGCGCUGAAGAGAGAGACCAGCUGCUGCCAAAUCUCAGAGCUGUGGGAUGGAACGAGGUGGAAGGCAGAGAUGCCAUUUACAAAGAGUUCCAUUUCAAGGACUUCAACCGGGCUUUCGGCUUUAUGACCAGAGUAGCUCUCCAGGCAGAGAAACUGGACCAUCACCCUGAAUGGUUCAAUGUUUACAACAAGGUCCAUAUAACCCUAAGCACCCAUGAAUGUGCAGGCUUGUCUGAACGGGACAUCAACCUUGCCAGCUAUAUUGAGCAAGUUGCAGGUUCUUUGUCUUGAAACGUCAAGUACAUGAAACUGCCGCCCACCCCCACACACAUACGCACCUUCUCUUGUGUCUGAACAGCCUCUUGCCAAACAUGACCGUCUGAGCGAAAAGAUGUUCAUCUGCUUAUCAGUAUUGCUGUUUCUUUUCAGUCACAGAACUCAACCUUGACUAUACCUCCCACAGUUGCCUUGGUCAGGGAAUCCAUCAUGCUGAGCUGUCUUACCCAAGCUCUGACUUUUUCCUAACCUCUGAAAAUCUCUUGCAUCAAGUUGCUGUACACAAUGUUGUUAAUCUGUAGUUCUCCAAGCAGUAUUGCAUUAGCCCAAUCAAAGUACAGUUGUAGAAUUACCUAAAUAAAACUGCACUGUAUAUGGUUGAAGUGUUUACAAUAAAUUUCUCGCUAACCUUGGUUUUCCUGCUGGAGUAGAGGCGCAAUGAAAACACAAGCCUCUUCACCACUGCUACAGAGACUUGUGUAUAACAGCUCAUCACUUAUUUAAAAAACUUUUAACAAUAAAUAUAUCCUCAUCCACCCCA